CAACGAGAGAGUCAGAGAGCGAGAAGAGAGAGUCGCCCUUGUCUGUCUUUCUCAACAAGAUUGACUGCCUGACGUUCUCUUGUCUGGGUCUUUCUCGCCGACCGUCGCGUGGCAGCCUUUCUAUCUUCAAGGCUCUUUUCGCCCUCGACUCCCCUGCUGCCCGCCCGUCGUUGUGCGAUCCGACGUGCCUUUUCUUCCCUCUCGACCUUCUCCCAGUCGAAGGAUAGCAUCGUCGUCCUCAUCCACCAUAUUGUGAUCGCUUAUCCCAACCCGCUAUCUCGCCCACCAUGCCGCCUCCGCCUCACAUCAAGCCUGAAAAUGUCCUCAAGAGGGCUCAGGAACUCAUCGCCGUGGGCCAGGCCCCCGCCGCCCUCAACGUCCUUCACGAACAUGUCACCUCCAAGCGGACGCGCAGCAGCCCCAUCGCCUCUCUGGAGCCGGUGAUGCUCCUCUUCGUUGAGCUCUGUGUUGAUCUUCGCAAGGGCAAGGCCGCCAAGGAUGGUCUCUACCAGUACAAGAACAUCGCCCAGAACACCAACGUCGGAACGAUCGAGGUUGUUCUCAAGAAGUUCAUCGAACUCGCCGAGAAGAAGGUCACCGAGGCUCAGGCCAAGGCCGAUGAGAUUCAGUCUUCUCUCGAGUCCGCUGCCCCUUCGUCCAACGUGGACGAUCUGGAAGCCAUCGAGACCCCCGAGACCAUCCUGCUCGCCACCGUCUCCGGUGAGCAGUCCCGCGACCGCACUGACCGUGCUGUUGUCACCCCUUGGCUCAAGUUCCUCUGGGAGACCUACCGCACCGUGCUCGAAAUCCUCAAGAACAAUGCCCGUCUUGAGGUUAUGUACCAGACCACCGCCCUGCAGGCCUUCCAGUUCUGUCUCAAGUACACCCGCAAGACCGAGUUCCGCCGUCUGUGCGAGCUGCUCCGCAACCACGUCCAGAAUGCCGCCAAGUACUCCGCUCAGAUGCACGCCAUCAACCUCAGCGACCCGGACACUCUCCAGCGCCACCUGGACACCCGUUUCCAGCAGCUGAACGUUGCCGUCGAGCUGGAGCUGUGGCAGGAGGCCUUCCGCAGCAUUGAGGACAUCCACACCCUCCUCAGCCUCAGCAAGCGCCCCGCCAAGAACGUCAUGAUGGCCAACUACUACGAGAAGCUGGCCCGUAUCUUCCUGGUUAGCGAGAACUACCUCUUCCACGCCGCGGCCUUCAGCCGUUACUACAACCUCCUCCGCCAGUCCGCUGCCGCUCUGGCUGCUGGCCAGGGCACCAAGAAGGAGAACCCCUCCGUCACCGAGGCCGACAUGACCAAGGCCGCCUCCUUCGUCCUGCUGUCCGCCCUGUCCAUCCCCGUCAUCAGCACUUCUCGCUCCCGCGGUGCCCUGGUCGAUGUGGAUGAGGUCCGCAAGAACAAGAACACCCGUCUCACCAACCUGUUGGGUAUGGCCUCUCCCCCCACUCGUGCUGUGCUGUUCAAGGAUGCCCUGAACAAGGGUCUGCUCAAGCGCGCCCGCCCCGAGAUCCGUGACCUCUACAACAUCCUGGAGGUGGACUUCCACCCCCUGUCCAUCUGCAAGAAGAUCACCCCCAUCCUCAAGCAGAUCGGUGCCGACCCCGAGAUGGAAAAGUACGUCCUGCCUCUGCAGCAGGUCAUCCUGACCCGUCUCUUCCAGCAGCUGUCUCAGGUCUACGAGUCCGUCGAGCUCAAGUUCGUCUACGAGCUGGCUCAGUUCCCCGACCCCUUCCAGAUCACCCCCUCCAUGAUCGAGAAGUUCAUCAUGAACGGUUGCAAGAAGGGCGAUCUCGCCAUCCGCGUCGACCACAUCUCCGGUGUCCUCACCUUCGACACCGACGUCUUCUCCUCGGCCAAGGCUCUGCACCCCGGCAGCGCCGCCGGCUCCGCCGAGAGCGAGGUUGGCUCCGUCCAGCGCCUGCAGAACACCCCCGCUGAGAUUGCCCGCCUGCAGCUCACCCGCCUGGCCAAGACCCUGCAUGUGACCUGCAUGUACGUCGACCCCUCGUACAACGAGGCCCGCCUGCAGGCCAAGCGUGCCGCCCUUGCUCGCGCCGAGGCUGGUGCCGCCAAGGAGCACGAGGAGACUCUGGCUCGCCGCGUCAUCAUCGAGAAGAAGAAGGAGGCUGCUACCGAUGCUCUGCAGCGCAAGCAGCGCGAGGAGGAGACUCGCAAGCGCAUCCGCACCCAGCAGCUUCAGGAAGCCGAGAAGCAGCGUCUGUUGGAUGAGCACCGCGAGCGUGAGAAGAAGCGCAUCAAGGAUGAGCAGGAUCGCAUCCGCCAGCAGGAGCUGAAGAAGCAGCUGGAGGAGCUUAAGACUGGCGUCAAGGGCAUUGAUAUCAGCGAGCUUGACCUGAACGAGCUGGAUGCCAACCGCCUCCGUGCCAUGAAGCUGGCUCAGCUGGAGAAGGAGAAGAACGAGCUCAACGACCGCAUCCGCACCACCGCCAAGCGCAUUGACCACCUGGAGCGUGCCUUCCGUCGUGAGGAACUGAAGCACAUCCCCGAGGACUAUGAGAAGCAGAAGCAGCACGACAUGGAGAUCUACGAGGCCACCAAGGCCGAGGCCCUCAAGGAGGCCGAGGACAAGCACAAGGAGGCCGUUGCCCUCAAGCACCGUCUCAGCCGCCUGGUACCCCAGUUCAACAGCUUCCGCAAGGAGGUGUCGGAGAAGCGCCACGAGGAGUUCGAGAAGCGCCGCAAGGCUGCUGAGCGCGACUUCGAGGCCAAGAAGAAGCAGCGUAUCAAGGAGGUCCAGGAGCGCAGACGCCGUGAGCGGGCCGAGCGUGAGGAGGAAGAGCGCCGCCGCAAGGAAGAGGAGGAGCGCAUCCGUCGCGAGGAAGAGGAGAGAACCGCCAAGGAGGAGGAGCGCCGCCGCGUCCUGGCUGAGGAGAAGGCCAAGCGUGAGGAGGAGAGAAAGAGACUCGAUGAACUUGCUGCCAAGCAGAAGCAGCGUGAAGAGGAAGCCGAAGCUCGCCGUGCCGCUCGCCGGACCGGUGGUGCUGAGCCCGAGGCAGCUCCUGAGCGUGCUGCUCCUACUGAACGCACUGCUCCUCGUCUCAACCUGGCUCCCCGCACCGGUGGUGCUGGUCCCAGCUGGAGAGAGCGUCAGGCUGCCAAGGAGGCUGCUGGUGGCACUCCUGCUGCUCCUGCUGCUGCUGCUCCCGAGCCUGCCCGCGAGGAGCCCGCUCCUGUGCGCAGAACUGGUGGCUACGUGCCUCCUCACCUGCGCUCGGGUGCCAGUGCUACCCCUGCUGCCCCUGCUCCUGCUCCUUCCACGGAGCGCUACGUUCCCCGUGCCAUGCGCGAGGCCGGCUCUUCCCAGCCCCCCUCCCGCACGCAGACCCCCGGCUCCAGCUCCGACAAGCCCGAGGAGUCCAAGCCUGCCGCUGGCAAGUGGGUGCCCAGAUGGAAGCAGCAGCAGGGUGGCCAGUAAAACGCAUGAUGACAUGAAAAAGUUCUUGGGAUGUUUGAUGAAAGGGCGCGUGAUUUGAGUCAACCUUCCUCUUUUCUCUUUUUUCUCUCUCUCUUUCAUCCUUGUGGUAUAACACACAACUCUCAUCCACCUUCAAACACUUUUCCGCCCCGCCUCCCCAUCUUCAUGUUCGCAUAGUACCUUUUUCCUCCUUAGCCUCAAACCCGGUACGAUUUUUUUUCUUUUCUUCUUCCUCCAACCAGUUCCUACUACGUCUUUUAGUUGUUUUAGUCGAUGAGGUAUGAACCUUUGUGAGGAGAGAGACAGAGAAAGACAUCGGGGGUUUUUUUACCAUGAGGUUGUAGUUAAAGCUCUUUGCCUCCUCCCCCACUGCUUGAUUUUAAAUUUCUUUUUCUGGGCAUGCCAUGUCAAUUGAUUGAUUGAUUUGUUCUUACAUUACCCGAUCUCAUGGUUUCCUUACCAAAUGCAUAGUAUUUUCUUUCGUUCUUUACGUUGAUAUUUUGAAUUGUAGUGUGAGCAUCACUACACAGUAACCACAUUACACAAUAAGUAAAUAGAGUAUGAUCGUCAUGAAAACCACUGGCGAUUCGUUUCAAAA